CAGCUCUCCCACUUUUCCUGAGACGAGCCUGGCUUGGAGAGGGCUGAUAGGCCCUGAAUGGCUUUGUCCGGGUGUCUCGGAGAGAAAUCUUGCUGUGUUUCCCUUGCUCCAGGGACUCCCUUUUCCUGACUUUUGAGCAGAAAUGAAUGAAAUGGCUCAAAAUCCCGAAACCUGUACUGGGCUGGUGGGAUCUGCCAAAGGGGCUGGUGCAUCCAGGUGGAUUCCAACUGCAUAUCUUAGAAAAGUGCAGAAGCUGCUGAGCUUUUCAGAAAAUGUGGAGUUUUCUAGUCAGGAGAGCAGUUUGAAAGGCCGUAAGGACAGACAAUUUUAGGCUAUUGCUGGGGCUGUUCGGCCUCUCCUGAAUUGAGGGGAGAACGGUGAAAUUCAGGAGUCUCAACCCUGUCACCUGUCCUUGCCUCUCAUGACAGAAAAAGAGCAAAAAACCUUUUGCUCCUGAAUAUUUUAUAUGGAAAAGUACUUUAACCGAAGCCUGUUGCCCUGUCAUCACCUCUCAGCCCAGGAAACAGCCGUCAGCGUCGGUCCCCGCAUCCUUCCUAACGUUUAAGGGCAGUGACUCGCUGGUCGUGUGACAGGGUUGUCCCAGGGCGCUCCCGCUGCCCGAGCUGAACAGCUACCCUUCUUUCUCGUGCGGAUUAUUUUUUAUCUCCCUUUGUUUGCCAAUAAAAAAAAAAAAAAUCCCGCCCAGUUUUACUGUUUUCCUUUUCACACACGUUUUUUUAUUUUUUUUCCUCACGUGUGUGUUUCCUUCUCUGGCCAGGGGUGGAGGGAGGGGAGUAUCCCAGAUAACCUCAUGCGAGAGGAAUUUUCACGUGCUUUUCCACCUGAGGUGAGAUAGCGGUGCCAGGGAUGUUUCCUCCGAGUGGGAGUAAUCCCGGCGCGACAGAGAACCUCUCCGUGGCCUGCAGGGCCUUCGCCCAAACCGGCCUCCUCAGGCCACCGGCCUUCCUUGGCCCAGGAUCGCCGGGGCUUCUGGUUCGUGACCCAAAUUCUGAGGAAUUACAGGAAAAUCUCUGCCCCGACACGUUGGAACAUUUUGUAACCCGUCCUGUGGCGCCCCGCCCGCCCAACAGGGGGAGCUAGACCGGCGCCGCGGUGCACGCCGGGAGCUGGUGGCACCACAGAGACGUUGGGCGCAGUGCAUGCCGGGAGUUGUAGGCACGACAGACGCCUUGGCGCAGCGCAUGCCGGGGCUCGUAGGCGCGACGGGGCAUUUGCGCGGUGCAUGCCGGGAGUUGUAGGCACCUCGGUAAUACCGCACUCGCGCCACGGGCGGGGCGGUGGCUUGGCGUUGUCACUUCCGCUCGUGCCUGACGUCAGUUCCUGGCGGGAUGGUGGGGAAGCGGCUGAGAGUUACCCAGCGGGAGGAGAUGGCGGCGCGGGGCGGCCUGCCCGAGGAGGCGGUGAACCGCUGCGUCCUGCAGUUCUACUUCCACCAGGCCAUGGCGGCCUACCGCGCCGGGCGGAACCGCGACUUCCGCCAGCUCCGUGAUGUCAUGCAGGCGCUGCUUGUGCGGCCCCUGGAGAAGGAGCCGGUGGUGGCCCAGAUGCUGCGCAUAAUGCAAUUCCUGUCACAGAUUGAGGAAGGCGAGAACCUUGAUUGCACCUUCGAUAAAGAUUCAGAGCUCACCCCUCUUGAAUCUGCAAUUGGUGUCCUGGAGCUCAUUCAGAGAGAAUUCUCUGUGGCUGAGAAGACGAUGGAAACUGUUCAGAAAACGGUGAAGGAAGCUGCUGUUAUUGUCUGCAUCAAAAACAGAGAGUUUGACAAAGCUUCGAAAAUUCUAAAGAGGCACAUGGGGAAGGAUGCCAAAAAUCAGAAAAAGAGGAAUGAGUUGCUGACUAUUAUCCGGGAGAAGAAUUUCAAUCAUCCAAUGGUCAAAAACUUUUCUUACAAGAACUUCCAGCAGAACAUGUUUCAGUUCCUGAAGACCUAUGUGGAUGAUUCAGAGCCACUGCUGCUAACGGUAAUAAAAAAGACAUUGAAUUCAGAAGAUGCUGAAGAACCAAAACAUUCAUUGGUGACUCCUAAGUCUGCAAAUGGGCCAAAGGAUGAGGCAGCAGCUCUGGAGCCCUUGGGAAGGACAAACCCCUCUCCAGAGCCAGCAAAAGACCUGGAGGGAGCUCCCAACCCUGCAGAAAGGGGAGACAACCCCGCAGCAGCUCCUGAGGCUAUGGAAGGAGCUAGUGACUCUGCAUCAGCUCCUGAGCCUAUGGAAGGAGCUACUGACCCAGCAGCAGCUCCUGAGCAUAUAAUAGCAGCAGUUAAUACCUUGGAAGAUGGUUCAGAGCCUAUGGAAAUAUCUAAAGAACCAGCAGCAGCUCCAGAACUUCCAGGAGUGUCCUGCAGGGACUCAGAAAGGCAGCCCUCUGGAACUGUAACCACGUAUGGGAUUUCUGUUCUGAGAGAAGCUUUCAAGAUCCUGUCGGACUCCCAGGAUUCUGAUGCACUCUUCACCAAACUGGAUGAAACAGACUUUUCUUUCCCCAAGCAACUGUCUCCUUCUGUAUCCCACAGAACCAAGAGACGGAAAGAAGAGGAGAAUCAAGAUUCUGAGAUCUCAGACCCUCCUGAAAUACCCCAUAAGGGCAAAUGCUUGUUGACCAUAAGCAAACUGGUCAUGGAGGAAGACAACCAGUACAGCAAGUCAAGUGAGAGCCCAGACUCUUCCCAGGAGCCAGUUGUUUCUUCUGCUUCCAGACCUGUUCAGAAAGUGCAUGACCAGCCUGUAUCUACUAGGAGUGCCAAGUCCUUCCAGAGAAGGUGGAACAGCUCGUAUGGCGGAGAAGCAAAAGACAGUUGGAGUGAGGAGGAUGAGCUUUUCUCAGACGCAGCAUCAUUUGGGAGAAACAGCCACAACUCUACAGUCUUCGGUUCCAAGAAACAGAAAUGGACAAUACAGGAGAGCGAGUGGAUCAAAGAGGGCGUGAAGAAGUUCGGAGAAGGGAGAUGGAAGGCCAUUUGCCAGAAAUACCCCUUCCAGAACCGCACGGCGGUGAUGAUCAAGGAUCGUUGGCGGACCAUGAAAAAGCUGGGAAUCCUCUAAACUCAGGAGCCAUGAGACCUUCAGUGCAAAAAAAUUCGUAUUUUUCUUUUGAAAGAUGGACUGGAGCAAUGGUAGCGCAGAGGCUGCUGUGCUCGUUCCUGGUGUGUGUUGGGGCUGGCGUGGUGAGCCCCUCUGGCUCGUGGUACCUGAGGCUGCUGCAGCAGAGGGAACCGUGUCCGACAAGAAAUGAGGAACCUGUGUCUAGAGUUGUAGCUGCAAGGAUUAGGUCUUCUGCAGUUAGUAGAAGCUGCACAGCCUGAUUGCACAUGCUUGGAAACGGCCUGGAUUGGGACUUCCUUUUCCACCUGACAACUGCAGUGUUCAUAGAAUGAAUCCCAACCUGAUGGACUGCUGAAAUGACAGCUUUCUCUGCUCAGAGGCUGUCAAAUGGUAGGAUAAUCCCAUCAGUGGCUAUUUUAAUGUGUUUUAAUUGUCUAAACUGUGGAUUGCUUGUUUCAUCUGUUUACUCAGUUCCUUGUGGGAGAGAGGCAGCACGUAGUCCCAGAGCUUCUGGGGAGAAGAAGGGAUUUAGGCAAGGCGAUCUGCUUAGAUUUAUUUUAUUUUUUUUUUCCCAUUUCUUUCUGCUUUGUACAUGGCUAGUCUGCGACUGGCAAUUUCUCCCUCCCAGCUUUGAGGCUUUAAAAACAUUAUUAUUUUUUUUUGUUUCAGUACUUAAAUGUUGUUUGUUCCCAUGUUAAAAAGUUCAAGUGCUUACUGACUUUGGGCAUGUCUAACUGGCACUUCUUCCUGGUCAUGUCCCCUUCCUGCGUGUGAUCCCUGGAAGCGUAUGAGCUCCAAGGGCACUGCCUGUUUCCUGCCUUCAGGUGCCAAAGCUGGAGUCCUUGUCUGAGUGGUUUUCUG